AUGGACUCCGUGCUUUCCAGUGCUUCCAACAAAUCCGCAGACCUUUUACAAGUCCGAGUCCUUCUGCCCAGUGGUCGCUCCACCAGCGUUUCCCUUCCCAGGUGUUCCAAGGUGGUUGAUCUGAAGACAGCUGUGCAGCAAGCGCUGCAGCAAGGCUUCUUGAGAUUUGUGAGAGAUGGUCGGACGUUGGACCCAUCCAAAUCGCUGGAAGAUGAAGGGCUUGAAGAUGGGGACUGCCUAACAGCCGUCGUGCAGCAAGCCAAGCUGGUGGCAACGGAUCAAGCCUUUGCCUUGUAUUGUAAGGAGAGCUGGGUAGCCAACUGGUCGGCCCUGGAGCAACUGGAGGUCUACAGUUCACAGUUCACGGAGAAGUUGAGAGACAUGUACCAGAAGAAGUGGGAUACCCUGAUCGGCAAGGCGGCCAAGUGCCCCCGAACCUACUUCGACAUCGAGCUCGGCGGGGAGAAGGCAGGCCGCAUAGUCAUGAUGUUGCGCGGCGACGUCGUGCCAAAGACAGCGGAGAACUUCCGAGCCUCGUUGAAGGCCUACAAGGUCCCCUUGUUAAAAGGUGUUCGACACCUGGCAUUUCUGGGCCAGUUCGAUGCCAAGUCCAAAGAAGACUGGCGCAACUUUUGCGAAGACGCGAGAAGCGAGGAAAAGAGCACUGCCUACUGGGGCGUCGUGGGUGUCAUGAUGCUCCUGGUGAACAUCGGAUUCCUUGUCUUCAUGGCCUAUGGGCCGACGGAGACUUGGGAGGAGGCUGCCACAAGGCUGUACUUGGCUUUGGAGCUGUUCUUUCUGCUCUUCUUCUGCUGCGAGCUGCGAUGGCACCUUCAGCUCGCAUCGCCUGCCUUGCCCCAAGAUGGCUUCUGGGAGAGGCUCAGCCUUGGGUUUCGGGACCCGUGGAAUGUCUUGGACGCCUUGGCCAUCUUCAUCGGGCUUCUGGACUGCAUCUUCAGCUUAGCAUGGCCUCGGGGGCAUCGCGCCCUCCUCGUGCUCCUCCCCUGCCUGCAGCUCCUGCGCCUGGGGCGCUGCGUUCGGGCGCUGGGCGACCUGCUGCGGUCCCUCACCCGCUCACUGCUGCACUGGCUGUGGGCGGCUGUGCUCCUGGGCAGCCUGGUCUACGCCGCGGCUGCCCUGUCGGCCAACUUUCUGAGCUUUCCGGAGGAAUUACAGGGAGGCAACUCCACUGCCGGCGGCGAGCGGGCAGAUGCAGAGGCGGCCGACCUCUUCACUGGCCUGCCCCAGGGCCUCGUCACGUUCUUUAGCUUCGCUACGGCGGGGGACUACGCGCCCGCAGUCCGCUACUUCCUGGCCCGUGGCGAGCCAGGCACGGCCGUCGCCAUCUUCAUGCUCUUGUUCGUCCUCCUGGGGCACCUGAUGCUCUUCUUUUUGCUGGCCGCCGUGGUGGUCGAGUCGGCCCUGGACGUUCUUCCCAGGCAGCGGCUGAGAAGCCAAGGGAAGCGGAUCCAAGAACUUUGCCGACGCCUGGGCGAAGAUGGUACACAGGAGCUGACGCGGGCAGAUCUGGACAACGAGAAGGGAAGGUGCCUCAGGCUCCUCCUGAAGGAUCUGCAGAUCUCGGACCAUGACCUCCUCCACCUCAUGAGGAUGGCGGACGUCCAGCAGUCUGGACACUUCGGCAGGGUUUUUGAUUCCAGGCGGGAGCUGCUUGAGUUGGAGUGCGACAUGCAUCGCAUGUGGAACAUGUUGGCCGUGGGCCAGGAGAACCUGGCCAAGAGCAUGGACUUGGUUGUGGAGCGGCUGGGCUCAAGCCAAAGGUGCCUCGAGGCCGUGUCGGAGAAGCAGACGUCAGGCCAUGGGCAUCUGACGGCGGAGCUGGAAAAGCUUGCGGCGGGCCAGGAAAGAAUCGCGGGCAGGAUCGACAAGCUCACGUCGGGCCAGGGGCAGAUGGCCUCACUGCUCGGAAAGCUGCCUUCCUUGGAUUCCCAGAAGGACCUCGACAAGCUUCUCCUCACUGUCCUUGCUGUGCCGAAGGUGCUCGAGGAGAAAGUCCACAAGAUGACGUCGCGGCUUGAGGCAAAAGUGGACCACCUCAUAGACGAGGUCACGAGGGGCGACUCGGGGCUUCUUCCGGCGGCCACCAGGCUGCAGGAACUGCCAGCAGCCUCUGCGGAGUUGCCGCCGCCGCCCCCGCUGCCGCCUCCAGAUACCGGGCAUCCUAGCCGGGAGCCUGUGAAGAAUCUUGACUCUCAUGUCCACCAUAUUGCCCGCCGCCUCGCAGGGCUACGACUGCCGCCAUCCCCGAUUCGGCCGUCGCCUCCAGCCUCAUCGUGUGUCGGAUCCGUUCGCCCCAGUCCCGGAAGCUGGCCAGACGAGCGCCAGAGCGAGCCGGAGAUUACCUCCAAGGACAUGCUGCCUCCUCCCUGGGAAGCAGCAAAGCCUGGUAGAAGCAGCGACGGGAUGGCACGCGUGGUGGAGGCGUUGCUUUACAUCUACUGGCAGCACUGGGUCUUCCUUCCCAUCCAGGUGAUCAUGGCGAAACUUGAGAGCGCGGGCUUCUUCCUGAAUGUGGGCUGGCUGGCAUUGGGCAAGACCGCCUCAGAGAACCUGCAGAGCUUGCCAGGGGCAGGAGCCCUCUGCACCGGCGAGAAGGGCUUCGGCUACAAGGAAGAGCUGCUCAGCAAACCGGAGCACACAGCUUAUGUCGCGCGACUCCUGGAUUCCUUUGCCGAGCGCCAGCUUGCCCCCUUUCAGGCAGGGAUCGACCAGGCGCAACUGAACAUGCUCUAUCUGUGGGACGAUGAGCUUGGCCAUGGGUUAUUGAGAAUUCGAGUUUUAGGCGGCCGGGUGUUCGUCCGCAAGCUUCAAGGAACGCGUGUUCGCGGAGAGCUCUGGAGCGACAGGCAGCUGAAGUAUUUAGAGGGACUUCUGUCCGUGGUGGAGACCGAGCAGCUUGAAGACGUGGACUUCGUUGUAAGCUUGCUUGACAACCCUGUGUGCGAGUUCUUCAAGAAUGGCCUGGCGAUGCCCGUGAUGGUCUUUGCCAAGACUCCAAGCUGCCAAAACAUCCUGGUGCCAGACCACAGCCUGAUGCAGGAUGAGUACCAGCACAGCGUCUUCGGAAGCAACUUCGGCUGGGCUGCUGUCGUUGGCAAGGCCCUGCAGCACAAGUGGAGGGACCGGGCGCCAGGCAUCUUUUGGGAUGGCGACUUCGGGAAGCACCAGCGGCGUGGACUGGCGCCGCUGCGGCCAUCGCUGGUGAUGGGCCAACGCAAGCCGUUGAAGCAGUGGAACAUGGACGUGUAUACCUCGCCCUCGGACCACUGCUCCUAUCAGCGGAGCUUGAAUGCCCAAGGCAACACCUGGAGCAUGCGCCUGAAGAACAUCCUCUUGUGUGGCACGGCCGCCAUCUGGUUCCUGCCGCGUCCUUCGAUGAGAUAUGCAGAGUAUUGGUAUGAUGCCUUGGAAGAGAACAAGCACUACGUUGCCCUCCGCGAAGAGGAAGCGCGGACGGACAUGGAGGCCAUCCUUAAGCUAGAAGAUCGGAAGCUACGGCUCAUCGCACAGCGCGGCUUCAACCGCACUGCAGCCGUCUUGAGACCCUGGGCCGUGCGCAGGUAUGUCGGGGCGCUGUUACGGCGAUACGCCGCCUUGCAAACCUUUAGCCCAGCAGCCGUGCACGCCACAGACGCCGCGGAUUUCCGAGAGGUCACUCGCAGCACGCUCGCAAUUGUGCAGGGUCACUGGCAGGCCCUCGGUGCUCAGCAUUUUCACUUCCACUACGCCGAGAGAGAGGACCUCUCGGAGGGAAGCCUGUCAAGAGCGCUGGAGCUCCGGAGCCUCGACCAGCUUCCCUGCUGGGGCACCGUGCGGCGCUACAUCCGGUGCUGCCAGCCCUCGAACGUCUGGAGAUAUGCGCUGGACGGCAAUGCCGCCUCAGGGCCACUCCACCCUUUCUGCGUGGCGCCCAGCACCGACCCGAAGCAAACGUGGCAGUUCUGCUGCGCGGCGGCGGCUGGGCGCAUGGAGGAGCUCUUCCGCCUGGCACUUCCCAACCAUGCGCCAGCGAAGCUCCUUAAGGACGUCGACGAGGUCUUUCUGGAGCUGGACCUGUCAUUAGACCAGAGUCUCCACUUGCUGGAAACCGCGCGGGAUGCCGCGGUGCAUGCUGUGAUGAGCUUCGAUUCGCCCCAGAAGCUCUCGAGCAGUGCCGAAGGGAGGAUUGAGGCUCUGCUGAACAGGGCCUGGUUCUUUGAAGAGGUCGUGAAGGCUGCCUGCACCGCCCGCUGCAACGAAGGAAAAUGCAGUCAGAGCCCGUGGAGCUGCAGCGAGAUGGGGCUCCUGCAGACGCUCCACUCGAAGAGGCAGCUGCACCGCGCGAGCUUUCCGGCCCCCCGCUCGGGACUGGGCGGGAGCCGACGCCUCGGUGCGGAAAGAGCCGAGGUGCUCCUGCUGCUCAGGGAAAGGAACGAUGUGGCUUUGUUGUCCUUGCUGUCGCACCGCACCUGCCCACUAAACUUGCACCUGCUCGGCCCGUCGGAUAUCUCGACAGACUGGGUAGCCGAGCUCUUGGACUCCCAUGCAGUUCAGGAUGUGACGGUGCAGGCACAUUCGCCAAGGGAGGCCGCGGACGCCGUCUGCCCCUUCGUGCACGGCGCCCCGAAGCCUUGCGAUGUCAUCUUCGCAGCCCUGGUGCCCCAUCUCUGGCUACCUCCUGAAGUUCAACUCCUGCUCUUCUUCGACAUCAGCGAGCAGGAGCGAGGGCCCCUCUUCGUCGGCGACGUGUGCAAGCUGCGUGAGGAAGAACGUCAUGCCGUGGAGAGCCUGCUUUGGGCGCCCCGCCACCUGGAGUAUGCCAGAUGGGGCUACACCGUGCCGUCCAGCGAUGUCCUCCUCCUGCGCAUGCGUGCCUUGCGAAACUGGACACUGUCUCAGCUCUUCUCGCAGGUUCCUGAAGAGACCAUCCAGAAUUCGACGGCUGAGCUCCACGCUGUUGCCGCGCUUCGCGGAUUUCUGAGAGCUUGGCUGACACACCUCCACGACUCUCGGCCCACUUGGCUGAGUUUGCUGCAUCCGUCCUGGUGGUUUGUGCCCUACGAGCAGUGGUUCUUCGACCUGGACUUAGCCGAGCUCUUGGCGUCCUCCUGGCGCCGGACCUGGCUCCCUGUGCUGCGCAUGCGCGAGUACCCGGGCUACCAUGGCAGCAGUUCGGAGCUGAAGAUCUGGUGUCCCCCUGCUGCAAGCGCUGUUCCCAUUGCUGUCAGGAAUUUCUGGCCGGACAUCAUGCAGCGCCAUGCCUACGCUGUCUCCUGGGAGACCCGCAUUGGCCGCAACUCCUGCGGCAAGACGGUGAACAUCAUGUCACUUCAGUGGGAGCGCCCAGAUCGCCCCCCUACCAUCCCCUUCCAGAUCCACGAGCUUCCCUGGGUGGCGGCGUGGCUGGCUUCCUACAAGAGUCUCUGA